UAUCUUUCCUUCUUUUGUCCUUCCAUUUUCCUUUAAGUCUAGCUUUUUCUUUGUUUUCCUGCUUCCUGCUGCUUAUUUUGUAAAUGGUAUAGCCUCCUUGGAACUUUUCCUUGAAUGAUAUAGCAAUGGAUUUGUCUAGCUCGGUCGAUCUAGUAACGGGCAAGGCAAUAUCCAUCUUAGAAAAUGAAGUGUCACUGUUGACGGAGGUUAGAGCUGCAAUCGACAAUGUCAAGCUUGAUCUCAAAACCAUGAAAUCUUUCCUUGAAGAUGCUGAAGAGAAAAAAGGAGUAGCAGCCAACAAUAAAACAGAGAAUGAGUGGGUGGCCAGCGUCCGAGACAUUGCCUACGAAAUUGAAGAUGUCGUCGAUGAAUUUAUGUACCACUUCAACAAGCAAAAACAAUGGAGGGGUAAAUGCUCAAGUUUUUUGUUAAAGCUUAUUCAUUUUCCCAAGAAUCUGCUGGUCAGGCAUCGAGUAGCUGUCAAGUUACAAGACAUCGACAAAAGGAUUAAGAGAAUCACAGAGAGAAGCCAACGAUUCCAAGUUUCUCGGUUAGAAUCAGGAAAAUGUAACGAGAAAAGAGAAGGAAAAACAGUGGCUGCCAAUUAUGAUACUAACUGGGUGAAAAAUCUGAGUGAAUCUUCUCUUUUUCUUAAAGAUGAUGAACUUGUUGGAAUCGAAAAGGCACAACGUAAGUUGUUGGGAUGGUUGAUGGAUAAAGAGCUUCAAAGGACUGUCAUUGCAGUUGUCGGGAUGGGCGGUUUAGGGAAAACAACUCUUGCUGCGAACACCUUCAAAAAACCAAUUGUCGAGCAACAUUUCGAAUGCUGUGCCUGGAUCACUGUCUCACAACAGUAUACGAUCGAAGAGCUAUUCAAUUCCUUGAUCAAAGAGGUGAAGAAGAAGGAAAAUAGAGAAAAUGGUCCACGGAUCGAAAACCUGAGCGCCAUGACCUAUAUAGAUUUGGUGGAGGAACUGAGGAAGUCCUUGGAGACAAAGAGAUAUCUAAUUGUGUUGGAUGAUGUUUGGUGCACCGCUGUAUGGGAGCGUUUCAGCAACGCACUUCCUACUAGUAUGAAUGGAAGCCGAAUCUUGCUUACCACACGACAGGAGGACGUAGCUUCGUUUGAAUUUGGGGUUUUAAGACACCGCCUUCCACUUAAACCCCUAACAGAUGCCAAGGGUUGGACCCUUUUUUGCAAGAAAGCUUUCCCCAGCGGGCUUGGCCGAUGCCCACCAUAUCUUGAAUCUUUGGCAAGAAAACUGGUUGCAAAAUGUGAAGGCUUGCCAUUAGCUAUUGUGGCUUUGGGUGGUUUGAUGGCUUCCAAGAAGUCUACAAGGGAAUGGAGUGGAAUUUAUGAAAACUUAAAUUGGGAGCUAAGCGAAAACGAUAAACUGAAAAGACUCAAGUAUAUCUCAUUGCUUAGCUACCAUGAUUUGCCUUACAGACUUAAGCACUGUUUCUUGUAUUGUUGCAUAUUCCCCGAAGAUUAUGAGAUUAAGCGAAAAAGGCUCAUUAGACUUUGGAUGGCUGAAGGCUUUGUUGAACAGCAGGAAGAAGACCCAGAAGUGGUAGCAGAUGGAUACCUGGAGGAGUUGGUUUACCGAGGCUUGCUUCAAGUUGUAACGAGGAAUGGAUCAGGGAGGCCCAAAACAUGUAAGAUGCACGACAUUUUGCGAGAGCUUGCACUGUCAAUAUCGAAAGAGGAAAAGUUUGUUGCCAAAUCUGAUGGGAAAGAAGAAGUAGAAGGCGAUGGAAUCCGUCGUUUGUCAAUUGAAGCAAGGGAGAAAGAGAUGAAAGCAUCAGGCAAGGCUGGUCUAUCCAGGCUUCGUUCAUUGUUUGUUUUUGCUAUUGAUGUGGUCUCUCAAUCUUCCUUCAAUAGGUUACCCUUUGGUUUUAAAUUGUUACGAGUGUUGGAUUUAGAAGAUGCCCCAGUCAAUGAACUCCCAGGUGAAUUGGUGAAGUUAUUCAAUUUGAGAUAUCUUAACUUGACAAGCACUCAAGUGAAGGAGCUUCCGAAAUCCAUUGGAGAACUUUACAACUUACAGUCUCUACUUUUAAAGAGGACCCAAAUUAAAGAGCUUCCGCCAGGAAUUGUGAAGUUGAAAAAUCUUCGGCAUCUAAUUGUUUAUCGUUACAACGUCACCGGUUUCGAAUUCCACUAUGCCUUGGGCGCAAGUGUACCAUCCAACAUUUGCAGGUUAAAGAGCUUACAAGUUUUGAGCUUUGUAGAAGCAAGGGUAAGCUUUAUCAAACAACUGAGCAGCAUGACCCAACUGAGAAGGUUUAGCAUUGCAAAUGUGAAGGAAGCUGAUGAGAAAAUUUUGUGCUUCGCCAUCUCAAAAAUGAGACGUCUUCACUACUUAUUGGUGAAGUCAUGUAACGAGGAUGAGCAAUUAAAGAUGGACGCGCUUGAAUCAGCCCCUCGUUGCCUUGACAAACUUGUUCUAGCUGGGAAAUUAGAGAAGGUGCCGCACUGGUUUCAUUCGCUCCAUAGCCUCACAUCUUUGUACUUACAUUGGUCUGGACUGAGGGAUGAUUUUCUUCCUCACAUCCAAGCAUUGCCUAAUCUGGCAGAAAUUUUACUAUUAAAAGCUUAUGAAGGAGAGAGAUUAAACUUCCUUGAAGGUUUCCAAAAGCUUAAGCGGUUACAUAUUGUUGAAUGUCCCCGAUUGAAAGAAAUUGCGAUGAACGAAGGAGUGAUGCCUUGUCUUCAAGAGCUAGAAAUCGUUAGAUGCCAAGAGAUGAUGACAUUGCCGCAUGGUUGGGAAAGUCUACCUGAUCUAAAACAAGUUUUUUUGCAGGACGUUUCGCGUGGGCUUAUAGACAAAAUAUGUGGAUCAUCAGAAAUUCAGUAUCAACCAACAAUCAGAGCCGUGGACUUAAUCAGGCGAGAAGAUCAUGGAUGGAGGCAUAAAAUCUACCGUUAUUAAUGUUUUUCUUCUCUCUCGGUCCAAUCGUAAUUCAGAAGCUUAAAAUUAAGAAGUCUGGGCCAACAAAAUUGCAGUUGAUGGAGAGAUGGUUAUCCUAAUACAUAAUGCAUAGCUUUUCAUCUUAAAUGCUAAUUUUCUGUAUUGCUAUUUUGCUACUCUUGGUUUGUGUAAUAAUCUUUCUUUUGGGUAUCUCGGUCCACUUAUGUAAUAUUGCUAUAUUAUAUGGUUUUUAUGUAAAAACUAUAAGAAUGAUAAUAAAUGGUUUGGUAUGUAAAUUUGGUAUCAUGAAUUUAGA